GGCUGCAGGAGGUUUCGCUAUCUCGCGCGCGUGCCCGUGCGCUCUCAAAGUCCGCCAGUCCGGUUAGUCGGUCGACGAGUGUGUUGAUCUGCGGUCGCAUUCGCCGUCUGUAUCGCUGGUUCUACUACAGCUACUACUCAGCUCAGCUCAGCUCAGCGCGAAGUGCGUAACAAGUCACAAGACAAAAAAGGGCGCGUAUACUCCCCCCAGGUUGGAUUGAUGGCCUCGAAGGUAAUCCUGUCGGUCGGUGGACUGCUGGCGCUGGCGCUGCUGCUGCUGGUGGCGGCGGUCGCCACCACCGUGGAGGCGAACGCACUGCCACCCGAGCAACGCUCCCACACGGACCUGGCCGAGCUUGACUCGAGCGAGGAACGGCCCGGGACGAUCGAGCUGGUGAAGGACUUCUUCGGCGAUCUCUCCACCAAGGUGAAGGAAGGCGUCCAGGACGGGGUGGUGAAGGUGAAGGCGGGCGUCAAGCAGGGGGCUUCGAAGGCGAAGGAGUACGCGACGAACGUGCGGGACUACCUGCGUGACACCUUCAGCAGCAGCAGCAGCAGCUCGAAGGAGCAGCAACCCGACCCGACCCAGCUGAACCCAGCGACCCCGAAGGACACGCUCCUCGACGGUUCCCACUGACCGACCGGCCGAUGCUGCGAUCGGGUCUGAUGCUUCGGACCCCGACCAGGAUACGAUACCAGGCUGCUGCUCUGUGUACACACUCUAGAUUGCGUUAAAUAAAGCGUUUGCCAGCGUUUCAUUGUCGUCUUCUCGCACAGUAGGGAAUUUGUAUAGG